UGUAUCCUUUUUAUUUUUGUUGGUAGAGAGAAGCCACUCUUUUCUACUACCAUUCUUCAUCAACUUCUCCUCUGCGGCGAACACCUCACUCUCCUUUUUCUUGUACUCUUUCGCUGGAACUAAAAUAUCAAUGUUCUCCAGAGUGAAACAAGAAAAAACAGAAGGACUUUAAAAUCCAAAUAAAUAGGGAGGAAAAGAGGUGAUUUUUGUAGGGUUUUUUGGAUGCUUAGGAGGAAUGCUGUGGAUUGACUGAAUUUGGGGAUUUUUUUUAACUAUUUUAUCCCUGCAUUCUUUGAAGAGGAAAUGGGGAGUUCGGGUGAGUCAAGUGCCAAAGCCAUUGAUGCGUCGGUGGGUGGGCUGGUGUGGGUCCGCAGACGAAAUGGGUCGUGGUGGCCUGGUCGGAUUUUGGGCCCAGAUGAGUUACCUCAGAGUUGUUCUGUUUCACCAAGAUCAGGCACUCCCGUUAAGCUCCUUGGCAGAGAAGAUGCCAGUGUGGACUGGUAUAAUCUUGAAAAAUCUAAACGGGUGAAAGCCUUUCGUUGUGGGGAGUAUGAUGAAUGUAUUGAGAAAGCUAAGGCUGCUGCUGCUAACUCUUCAAGAAAGGCUGUCAAAUAUGCUCGAAGAGAGGAUGCCAUUAUUCAUGCUCUAGAGAUUGAAAGUGCUCGUCUCGGGAAAGACCAUCCAAAUUUUUUCUCAAGAAUAGAUAAAGAAGAUGGAGAGCAUCAUACCAUGGAAGACUCACAUACUUCAUCUAAUCCCCAUGAAGAUGGUAAUGAUUUAGAUGAGGAACUGACUAGUUCUGAAGAUAAUUCAAAUUCUGCUCAAGAAUUAUCUCAAUCUGGUGUAUCAUUUGAGGCGCCAAAUCAUGUAAUUGCUUCUAAUGAGCAACCUGUGUGUGGGAGACGGAGGAGAACACCAAAUGACUCAGAGGAUGAUGGAACUGAGGGAAGUAAGCGCAUGAAAGGACUUGAUGACCUGGGGAUGGGUGUGGUGUCAUCUCUGAAAAGGAAGAGAUCUCAGGUGGCACAUGUUCAUGAUUUUUUAAAGAGAAAGAACCGUCGCCGACCCUUGACAAAGGUUUUGGAGAGUACAGCAAUGGUGUCUGUUCCUAUAAUGUGUGAACAACUUCCUAGUCCAACUGGCUCUACUCUCGCAGGGGUGUCUGAAAGCAAAGUUCAUGGGUUACAAUCUAUAGAGUCUGGGAAAAGUUCCCCGGCUGUACUCAAUAACGACACAGAUAAUAUCUCAGUUACUUGUGGGAAUGGGAAACCAUUUGAUGUAUUUGGCUACGCUCAUGAUUCUUCCCUUUUUAAAUGCAAACAGAAAGAGAGUGAAAUUUCCGGUAUUUUGGGGUUGUCUGAGAAUGGCUCUUCUGACAGGUUGUUUGAUGUGCCUUUAGUUACAGAAGAGAAGCAUUCUGCAGGCUUGUCUCCUAUAAUGUCUUGUACAUCUCAGAAGGCUCAAGGUGGUGUUGGGCCACAGCCUAGCCAGGGCAGCCAAGUUGAAGCUAUGUCGUUUGGGAGUGAGGAGCUUGAUGACUCAGACUCUAUUAGUUCUGGUAGUGACGAUUUCCAAUGUUUCAGCCAGAGGAUGGAGAAAGGAACUUCAAAGUGGCAGUUGAAAGGAAAGAGGAAUUCGAGGCAGACAAGUCGGAAAGUUGGUUGCUAUAAUACUGGUGGUUCCCAUGCUUCAGAGAGUUUGACAUAUCGUUUAAAGUCGAGACCAGCAACAACUACGCCUCAGUCCGAAACAAGAUCCAUAGUGGAUGAGUUGCGAGGUUGGGGCAGGAAUGUUUCUCUCAGAGAGGCUCGUAUGAAGGGGCCAACAGCUGAGCUGCUAGCUCCCCAGAGGUUGCUACCCUAUCGCCAGUCUCGAUAUACAGUUAACCCCAAGUAUGAGUCAUCAGAUUUUUCUCUUAGGCACCACAUAGCUGAUUCUUCACUGUAUGAUGUUAAACUUGAGGUCAAAGCCGGCUAUCGUCCACAGCAUGUUCCAUAUAUCUCUCUAAUGAGCAAAUUGACUGGUCAGCCUAUCAUAGGUCACCCUCUCACAGUUGAAGUCUUGGAUGAUGGCUUUUGUGAUAAUCUGCUAGUCAGUGGAUCUGAGUGCUAUAGCAGCAGCUAUGACUUGGAUGAGGAUCACAGUGAGAACAGCUCAGCUUUGCAAGGUGCAGAUAUGGAUUAUGAAUCCAAGCCAAGUUUGGCGGCCAGGAUAUCGACUAGGCAUCACAUGGUGCAACCUCGUGGUUCACCAACUAAGUCACCCAAGACGAGGAAAAACGGCCUCCUUUCAAAGAAGAUUAGAAAAUUGUCUUCCUUAACUGGUUCUCACCAACAAAAUAAAGAGAAUAAACCUGUAGUAGAGAAGCUUAAAGGCCCUGCAGUAGCUUGUGUCCCCCUGAAAAUAGUGUUCAGUAGGAUAAAUGAAGCAUUAAAUAGCUCAGUACGACCUGCCCACCGUUCUAUUAUACCAAGCAUCGGUUGAAUGAUGCUCCAUUGACCGGAAAGGCCAGAGUAGUGGACUAUGAGGAUUUGUUCUGUAGGAAUUGUGAUUUUUAGCAGCCCAGUCUGGGUUCUCGAGUUGAAUCAUUUUUGUACAAUAACAGGGUGCGAUCACCAUUGUGGAAAAUGUGUUGCUGGGGGAACUCUGCUGAUUGGCUGCUUUGUCUGGUGUAUAUAAUGUAACGUUAGUUGAGGUGUAAAAAUGGUGGUCUGAUUAGGAUUGGUUCAAUUUUUCGACUUUGAUUUAGAGGGUUAAUGACUUUAUGCUUUUUAUAUUUAUGGUACAGAUUGCACUGGCUACUUCAGUGCAUCAUUUAAAAUCUCUUCCCCGUCUAUUUAUUUUGUAUUUUGAGACGUUUAGAACUGAGCCUCAUUUUUGAGAAUGAAAAAGUGCGGAGCUUCUGGCACAUGAGAUCCUAGUCUGUUGUAGAAAGAGGAAUUUCAAGUGUUGGGAAGGGACAUUCUCACUGCAAGAAGCAGUGUCACUUCUAUGUGGUGAGAUGGUCAUGUUAUGAUAUUUGUAUGUAACACAUGGAAUUCAGUUUUGGAUCAACUGGAACUUCUUUAAAUUUAUUGUGAAUUUACUUGCGUCGCUA